ACAUUUCAAUUUUCAAGUAGCAUACCAACAUAUGGCUGAUCCAGCAUGGGUAAAAUCCUUGAAAAUCAGCAUCAGCAAAAACUAUGAAAGCACUUCAAAAGAGACUGUCCGAAUCCCAUUGGCUUCAGUUAAACAGGAUGGCUCACCUGCUAUUCACGAGAUUGCAUUCCAUGAGCAAUUUCCAACCGAUAACAAAAUCAUUGUUCUUUCAGGAGCUGCCCGCAAUGCUGACCUAAUGAGCUCUCUCAAGGGAACUAAAAACCAUGUCUUGUAUUGGUCAAUGCCAAAGACAAACGAAAAUUAUACAUUCACAGGAAGAGUUUUUCUUGUACCUGCACCCAAUUUCUCGUACAGAUUCGGUACACCACCAAAAAAAAUUGGCGUGACUGGCAAUGCUCCACCCGAAGACUUUUGGGAAGGUGAACGAUUACGACUCUGGAAGAAAAUCAGCCCAACAUAUCGAGUUUGUUUUUCCUGGCCUCCUCCUGGGGAGCAGAGGAAGCUUUCUGAAACGUCAUCUUGGUCAGUAUAUGAAGAUCCUGUUCUCAAAGUGCUGACACCUGGACAUAAUGUUGGAUUUAAAUACACGCGGCUUGAUGCAAUUGAAGAUACUACCACCAAUCAUACAUCCGUGAACCGAACCUAUAGUAUUACAGGAUCUUUUGGUAGCAACACAAAUGUUUCUGGGGCAAGUAAUGGCACUCCCAAUAGCUCUCCGGGCCGUCUUUCAACCACGGAUGGCACUACCCCUUCACAAUCCUGUAUUACUGCAUCCGAGCCUAACCAACCACUUAAUCCAGAAGAUGAGCUCAGAUGGGCACAUAACAGUGCAUUUGACAGUUUUUGUCUGUUGGUAUUCAAGCCAACCCGAGUUGAGCAUCUUGUGUAUGCACCCAAUCACGCCAGUCCGCCAGUUCGAUUGGUAUAUGCGGCCAACAAAGAGGGGGAUUGGUCCAUGACAGAGGUUAAUCCGUGAUUAAAAAGUUUUGCUGAACUAGACAGAUGGAUUUGUUGAGAUAUUUUCUAGUGGUGUGAAUUGUAACCAAGUCUGAAUACUAUUAAAGCAGCAUACUAUGAUCAACAACUAUC